AUGGCAAACAACUCGUUUCGCGACUCGGUCAACUCGCUGGGUUGGUCGCGUAGAGACCCGGACUUCCCUGUCCGCACCAGUGCUUCCUCUGAUACUCCAAUUUUGUCGCGCCUGCAGUCAUUGAAUCCGUUUGGACAGGGUGGCUAUGUUCAGCUACCCACUCAUAAUGAUGGCCCAGGCGCGCCCUUGCCAGCAGCCAAUCGCCGAGAAGAGGAAGAAGGGUUUUUUGCAUUGAGUCGAUGGGAUCGAAUGCUCAUUUUCGGUGCUUGUAACUUGGGCGCUGCUGUGUGCUUCAUGAUCUGCUUCUUCCUAUUUCCCGUACUCACGCUCAAGCCUCGGAAAUUUGCCAUUCUAUGGUCUGUCGGCUCAGUCCUGUUUUUACUAUCAUGGGCUGUCCUCAUGGGACCCUGGUCCUACGCUAAGCAUUUGAUCUCGGGACCACGGUUGCCCUUCACAGCCGCUUAUUUCGGAUCGAUCGCACUCACACUGUAUUUUGCUAUCGGGGCUAGUCGUUUUCGUGCAACCAAGGUGCUGCGCCAAAACCUUGAGCGACUUCAGUUUGCCUCAUGGUAUCACGAAAACGACAGCCCAGACGCCCAUGGUAUUCUGAAUCCACGUCUCACUCUUCCCGGCGCGCGUCCCUCCAUGGACGUAUUGAUCCGCAUCACUCAUCCCCGCUGUCUCCAAAGCCUUAUCCUUACCCUGAUCUCCUCCAUCUUCCAGCUCGCCGCCUUGGUCUGGUACCUCGUCAGUUACUUCCCCAUGGGCAGCACGGGUCUGCAAUACAUGGGACGUUUCGGUGCCUCGCGCGUGUCUGCCUGGAUGACCAGUUGA